CACCCUUCUCGAAACGACUUCCUGCUUCAAGGCCAGUACUCAAAGCCGAGUCGGCCAACGAUGCGUUUCUUUUUUUGUUUCAAGGAAGACCGGAAAGCGAAAAAUCAAAGGCGGAAACAGCCCUACCUUGUUUCUGCGGCUGCUGCUCGGUCAUCUGACUGGCGUCACGUGGAGAAGAGGCGGAGAAGGGAACUGAGAAGAUAAACCAAAGAGUAGCUCUUGCCCCAUCAUGUCUCAACCGGUGGAUUCCCCCGUCCUUCUCUUCCCUGGGCUUCUUUGGCUGUGGCUACUGCUGCUGCUCCUCUUUUCCCAUGUGCCCUCGCAGGGAAGCGCCGCUCGCUAUGAACCCACGUGGGAGUCGUUGGAUUCCAGACCGCUUCCCGCCUGGUUUGAUGAAGUGAAGUUUGGCAUUUUUAUCCACUGGGGCGUAUUUUCGGUGCCCAGCUUCGGCAGCGAGUGGUUUUGGUGGUAUUGGCAAAAAGAAAAGAGAGACCCUUAUGUACAAUUUAUGAAAACAAACUAUCCUCCUGGAUUCAGUUAUGAGGAUUUUGCCCCCCUGUUUACAGCAGAGUUUUUUGAUGCCAACCGGUGGGCGGACGUGUUGAAAGCUUCAGGUGCUAAAUAUGUUGUCUUGACUGCAAAGCACCAUGAAGGUUUUACACUGUGGGGAUCUAAAUAUUCUUGGGCUUGGAAUGCUGUUGAUGUUGGACCAAAACGGGACAUUGUGGCUGAAUUAGCAUCAUCUAUUAGAAAUAGGACUGGCUUACACUUUGGAUUAUAUCACUCGCUGUUUGAAUGGUUCAAUCCUCUUUUCCUUGAUGAUGCCUCCAGUAUAUUCAUAAAAAAACAAUUCCCAAGUGCCAAGUCACUCCCAGAGCUGUAUGAGAUUGUGAACAAGUACCAUCCAGAGAUUCUGUGGUCAGAUGGAGAUGGCAAAGCCCCAGAUACUUAUUGGAACAGCACUGGCUUCCUAGCUUGGCUUUAUAAUCACAGCCCUGUUCGGGACAUAGUUGUAACAAAUGAUCGCUGGGGAGCUGGCUGUGUUUGUAAACAUGGAGGCUAUUACACAUGUGCUGAUCGAUAUAACCCAGGACACCUUUUGCACCAUAAGUGGGAAAACUGCAUGACAGUCGAUAAACAGUCAUGGGGAUACCGGAGGAAUGCGCAGUUGAGCGAUUACCUGACAAUUGAAGAGCUUGUAAAGCAACUUGUAGAAACAGUGUCAUGCGGGGGAAAUCUCUUGAUGAACAUUGGGCCCACCCAUGAUGGCCGCAUUCCAGUUAUUUUUGAAGAGCGCUUGAACCAAAUAGGCUCUUGGCUGGCAAUCAAUGGGGAAGCCAUUUUCAGCACUAAACCUUGGAGAGCCCAGAAUGACAGUGCCACACCAGGAGUAUGGUAUACAUUCAAACCAAAAGACGACAUUCUGUAUGCCAUUUUCCUUAACUGGCCAUCUUCGGGAACUCUAGUGCUUGGGGAACCAAAAGGCUUUACUGGAAAGACAGAGGUGAACCUGAUCGGAUAUGCAGAACCACUGCCAUGGGCUUCCUUGGGAGAAAAGGGAAUGAUGGUAGUUGUACCUCAGUUGCCAUUUACUAUAUUUCCGUAUCAAUGGGGUUGGACUUUACAGCUGACUAAUGUGUAUUAGCGAUAGCUAUCCUUCACUUUUGAUUACAGUAACUGAUUUUUUGCCAUGACCUACUUUGGGGUGACUGAGAAUAUAUCUGAAAUAUAAAUUUAUAGGAAAAGAGUCCAUGCAUUGAUCUUGUUCGUUAUUCAGCUUUUCUGACACUUUUUGAAAGGAGAACCUAUGAAAAUUUGUAGCAAUGUAUCACAACUAGGCAGGAAAUCAAGUCAACCAGUGGCAUGCAAUGAUCUUAGAGCAGAGGCUGGGACCCUUUUUUCAUCCCAAGGGCAACCUUCCUUUCCGGGCAACUUUCCAUGGACAAAAUGCCAGUGGUGGGCAAAGCCAAAGCCAAAAGUGAGCAGAGCAAUUAGUAUGAAUGUUAUGAUUGUAUAGAAAGCUCGUUUCUUCAUUCUCACACGUACUCCUCUAUUCUCCAUCUACACCAGCAAGAGGCAUUACCAGAGUUUCAAAGACACAUUCCAGUCAGACAAAAAAGCUCAAGGAGGGUGCAGAGUAAAGGCAGGUGAGGGGUAUGGCUUGUUAGGGUACAGGGCCUGGGAAAGAGCCCGGAGGGCCACAUUUGGCCACUGGGCCUGAGGUUCCUCAUCCUAUCUUAAGAGGCUCACAGAAGGCAGACUAAGCAGAAAAGGUACUACCACUCCUACUCUUUUUUCAAAAAGAAAGCUGUCUCACUAUUCAAUGGAUCUCAUGCUAAGAGUUGCUUUUAAUAGAACUUAUGUAAUCGCUCACUGUGAAUUAACUUUUUUCAGUGGUUUCAAUGGGGACAAGUGAUUGUUAGGUGGAAUUGGGAGACAAAGUUUAUUCAGUCCUAUAACCUACCUCAAAUUACCCAAUCCCACUCCACUUCCAUUAAUACUGUAUAUGAAAUAACAUAUUAGGACUUGGAUUCUAGUUUUGAUUAGUGAGAAAUGGCCUGUAAUUGUAAACAACUUAUGUUACUAUAAGUAUUUACACUUGUAAAUUCAGUUACUCGAGUACCAGACUGAUAGGAUUGUAAAAAUACCUCUUUGGGUAGCUCAUAUGGUUUGACUUAUUGAAAAAGAUUUGUUUUUGCUGAUUUUAAAAUAAUUUGUCCUGAUAGAAUCUAGUCACUGGUGCCUUGUUCAUUUACAAGUGAGCUUUUACUUCUCUCUGUGGUAAUGAUUUAACAGAGGAAAGUCUGAAUGUAGGAGAUGAGCAUUUGCGUUCAUUAUGGGCUGAGCGAGAUCAAGCUGUUCAGUCCCACUCUCUUGCCUCAGAAGAUUUUGGUGGGAGCUGCUGUCUGAUACAGCACCAGAGCAGAAGAAGAAGGGUAGGAAAUGCUGCUUCAAUAAACCUAGUUCUAUAUGAACACAAUGUGAUUUCCAUUCCUGUGUCUGUGUACAAUUUUAUUUUGAGAAACUCAUAAGCUGCUAGCCCUCUGAAGCAGAAUAUUCUAAAUGAAUAAAUGUGCUACAGAAUAAAGUAUAGCUACAGCAAGACUAAAAACAUGUUUAGUUUUUUUGGUGCUGAAAUGUCAAUUGAUGUCUUACAAAAAAUCAAGUUUUGCAUCCUUUCAACCCAUAUGGUUCUAAAUUGUGUAAACAUCACUGACUUGCAUUCUUUAGGAUGCUGAAGGAUAUUAGACGUAAUCUUUGUUAAAAUAGUUUAUUGUGAUUCAGAUAUUUCACAGAUAUUACAAUUUAAAAUAUUUAUAAAUGAUAUGUACAGCAGUAACCGUUUACAAACAGUGUAAACAUAGUAUUUUCUAGACAACAUCUACUUUAAAUCUGAAACAGUAGAGUAAGCACUCAACAUUGCAUUGCUUAGAACACAACACUUCCUCAGUAUAUGCACUUAACAACCAGUGGCCCUAAUCUAGAAGACCUAAAAGCACGAAAGGCCACAUACCCCAUUCUUAGAAUGACUCAGGGCAGGAGGUAAGAAGGUGAUGAGACAGUGGAGGGAGAAAAGGAGGCUUGAUUGCAUCUCUUCUUUUCAUAUUAGCAGAUGGUUUGAUUAGCUUUUGAGUGAAGCUUCAGAGAGGGUAUAUAGGUCAACUUCUGCUCUGCUUCACAGCCAAUCCGUAUUGAGAGAAGCUAUUCCUGACCUUCAUCUGCCACGGACAGAAGAGGUGCUGAGUGCAUUGCCUGUACAGUGGUGGUACUACAUACACAAGCCAGUCCUACUGUGUUCCAUGUUGCAGAUAAUUUGUGAAUGGAAUCUUGUUUUAUAGGCUAAGCGCUGUCCCUGGCUUUGAGGGAAAACUGAUCCACCUCCCCCUUGGUCUACAGCGAGGCAGAACCCUGACUUUCUCAUAAUGUUGUUGCAGUUUGCACUUUUGAAACCAGACACACAUCUUGAAAAAACGUACUGCUGACAGGCUGUUCUUUGCAUUGUCUUUUUGUAAACAAGUUAUUCAUAACUGAGACUGCCUCAACACAAAGGCUUGCAACAUAAUGUCCCCCUCCCCAUUUAAGUCAGGUGAUCUCUAUCAAUAAAAAACCUAGAAGUUGUAUUUCCUUAAAAGGCAUUCUUUCUGUAGGGCAAACAAUCCUGUACCAUUCUGAUGAGAUUCCUUAUUAAAUGAAGAAUUCACAAAUGCACUGUAUGUACAUCUUGCUAUACAGUUUAUUUCUCUAGUUGUUGAGGGGUACUGAAAGCUUCAUACACAUUAGCAGCAAAGUCUUUCACUUGUUCCAUCAUUAACAGGUCCUG